UGGUGAGCCUCUGUAUCUGGGAAAAUAGACAAUUAGAUUAAAAAAAUUCAGCAAUAGUUGUUUUCUAAGACAGUGUACGACAAAUCUCUAUAACUUCAAUGAAGACAGAGAGUGUUGUGCAAAACAUUCCGUUCGUCGGCAGAAAGCGGAGUCUGAUUGACGAUGCCCGGAAAGAGCGCGCCAGCGGUUCAUCGUCCCCUGGUCCAUCACGAUGUGAUGACAAUUUCGUCUUCGAAGAGAAGGAAGGUCUGGUGAAAUUGAACAUUAUUUUUGCCCUCAGCAAUGAGGAGAAUGCGGCUUUCUUUAAAACCGGUAAGGUCUUUGAGACGUUUGAAGUCAAGCUUCUGCAUAUUGAGAGCCGGCCAGCGAGAAAGCUGAAGAACAGUUCAGGAUGUAAUGAUCUGGAAUUCUUUAUGAAGUGUGAAGUGCACAGCUCGGACAAAGAUAUCUUCAUCAACUCACUCAAGAGAAUCGCGGACAGCGUGCGUACAGUUCAAGAGGAAAAAGUUCCCUGGUUCCCCAGAAAGAUUAGAGAUCUGGAUAAAUGUCAAUUGCUGGUAACGAAAUAUGAUCCAGAUAUCGACCAGGACCAUCCAGGAUUUAGUGAUCCAGAAUACAGAAAAAGAAGAUGCUUCAUUGCUGAACUCGCAGCUAAUUACAAAGAGGGGGAACAGUUACCCAGGGUGGAGUACACGCAGGAGGAGGUGGCCACGUGGAGACAGGUGUACCAAAAUCUGAGGAGCAUUUACCCUGACCGGGCCUGCAAACAGUUCCUGGACGGGCUGGAGCAGCUAGAGAGGGAGUGUGGCUACGGAGAGGACAGUAUUCCCCAACUCAGAGAUGUCUCUGCCUUCCUUAAAGAGAAGACAGGCUUCCAGCUGCGGCCGGUGGCGGGGCUGCUUUCGGCAAGAGACUUCCUGGCCAGCCUGGCUUUCAGAAUGUUCCAGUGUACCCAGUACAUUCGUCACGCCUCCGCGCCAAUGCACUCCCCUGAGCCAGACUGCUGUCACGAGUUACUGGGUCAUAUUCCAAUGCUUGCAGACAAAGAAUUUGCCCAAUUUUCCCAGGAAAUUGGACUAGCGUCACUGGGAGCAUCAGACGAGGACAUCGAGAGACUUUCAACACUGUACUGGUUUACGGUCGAGUUUGGACUGUGUAAGCAAGACGGAACUGUGAAGGCGUAUGGAGCCGGCCUUCUGUCCUCAUAUGGAGAACUCAUUUAUGCUCUUUCUAACAAGCCUGAGUACAAGCCCUUUAACCCUGAAGAGACAGCUGUCCAGCCUCACCAAGACCAAACCUUUCAGCCGGUCUACUUUGUCUCCGAAAGUUUUGAGGAUGCCAAGCUUAAGAUGAGGCAUUACUCGUCGUCCAUCCAGCGUCCCUUCCAGGUCCGGUAUGACCCAUUUACCUGCAGCCUGGAGGUUCUGGACCAGCCCUGUAAAGUCCAGUAUGCCCUGGGACAAAUAAGAGAGGACCUCAAGAUUCUACACAGUGCCCUGGAGAAACUGGGCUGUGGUCUCAACACUGAGCCAGAGUGAAACAGAAUUACUCCCCUGAAAAAUGUUCUGCUAAAUGACUGCAGUGAAGGGGUAGCCAUCUAAACAUUUUUAAAAGUGCAAUCUGUUACUUCUGUGUGGCCACAGGAAAAUUCUGAAAAUGGACAAAAUACAGAAGUUUCAUUGAAGACAAUUAGUUGCAUAUCCUCUUCAAUCCUGUAGGGCCAAUACUUGUAUGUAUUUUCAGAGAUGAAACAAGAUUGCGCUUUAAAAAUGGUUGGAUGUGAAAAACAUUUAUUCAAAAUAACUUACGCUCAUGUGCAAGAUUCAUGAAUAUCCUAUUUUAAAGGUGUAAUAUUUGAUAUGAUACUAUACUGUACGGUGUUAUACAUGUAUCAUGAGGAUAAUGAAGCAGUACACACAUUUAGCAUUGGUUUUCUGUCCUAUCAAAAAUAUAGUAUGGAGUAGGAAGAAUUUUUUUGGGUAUUCUAAGAGCAAUUAAAGACAAAACCAUAAGAAUCUUCAUGUGUAAGAUAAUAAAAAGUAGGAGAACGUGAAAAAGCAAAAAGCAUAAUAUAGAGGGAACCAGGGAAGGAGACAAAAAGGAUCCAGUGUCUAUUUGCGUUUAAGAGAGAAAUGGCAAAGAGAGGAGAGAGACAGAAUAGAAAGGAGAAAGUGAAACAGAGAGAACAUGAACAAGAAGCGAGUGUGGAAACACUACACUAUAAGCCCAUGUGCCUCCCAUUCCAAACAAACGGUUUCCAUUUGGAAAAUUCUUGGAAAUCAUUUGUCUUCACGUGUUAUUAAGCAAAGGGAAGGAGCUAAUCAUGAAUGAUUUAAGUAUCGUGUUUCCUCAGCUGGCUGCUGUCAGAGCCAACACAGAGGCCCAGUGGAUCGGAAGCUGGACCCGGUCACAGAGACCUCACAGCAGAGCAGUACACAUUCAGUAGGCCUUCACCACUGGCUGAUAAACCCCCCCCCCCCCACCUGUGACAUGAUCCAGCCUAUAGCGUUCAGGUUGUAAUAGAUGCCUUCUUACUGUGUCCCUGACUAUUCGUCUUCACAGGAGCUCCCCUUUAUUGACUGUAAAACAUUAUGAUGUGAAAACCUCCGACCACCUCAAGUGGGAGGCCUUCCUGUUCAGUGAUUCCAGUGUAAAUCAAACGUGGUUCGCCCCACUCGCAGAGCUAGUGGCGCACGGAGCCAAAGAUUGAUCUACUGCUUCGCUUAAGUGUAGCAGUGCACACAUCCACUUCCUCUUAACCCAAAUUCGAACCCGUAAUAAUUUCUUGCGUCUCAGCUGACAUCCAGCGCAGCUCAAAUCCACAACC